AUGGCGAGCUCCGGGCACUCGUGGCCCAACAGCCAGGACGACUACGAGCUACUGGAGGUCAUCGGCGUGGGCGCCACCGCCGUCGUGCACGCCGCCUACUGCGCGCCGCGCGCCGAGAAGUGCGCCAUCAAGCGCAUCAACCUCGAGAAGUGGAACACCUCCAUGGACGAGCUGCUCAAGGAGAUCCAGGCCAUGUCCAGCUGCAGCCACGAGAACGUCGUCACCUACUACACCAGCUUCGUGGUGCGCGAGGAGCUGUGGCUCGUGCUGCGCCUGCUCGAGGGCGGCAGCCUGCUCGACAUCAUCAAGCACAAGGUGCGCGCCGCCAACUGCAAGCACGGCGUGUUCGACGAGGCCACCAUCGCCACCGUGCUCAAGGAGGUGCUGCGCGGCCUCGAGUACUUCCACCAGAACGGCCAGAUCCACCGCGACAUCAAGGCCGGCAACAUCCUGCUCGGCGACGACGGCACCGUGCAGAUCGCCGACUUCGGCGUGUCCGCCUGGCUCGCCACCGGCCGCGACCUGUCGCGCCAGAAGGUGCGCCACACCUUCGUCGGCACGCCCUGCUGGAUGGCGCCCGAGGUCAUGGAGCAGAACCACGGCUACGACUUCAAGGCCGACAUCUGGUCCUUCGGCAUCACCGCCAUCGAGAUGGCCACCGGCACCGCGCCCUACCACAAGUACCCGCCGAUGAAGGUGCUCAUGCUCACGCUGCAGAACGACCCGCCCACGCUCGACACCGGCGCCGAGGACAAGGACCAGUACAAGGCGUACGGCAAGACGUUCCGCAAGAUGAUCUCCGAGUGCCUGCAGAAGGACCCGGCCAAGCGGCCCACCGCGACCGAGCUGCUGAAGCACUCGUUCUUCAAGAAGGCCAAGGACCGCAAGUACCUCGUGCAGACGCUGGUCGCGAUCGGGCCGAGCAUGGAGACGCGCGUGCACAAGGCGAGCCGGCGGCAGCCCGGCGCGUCGGGCCGCCUGCACCGCAUGGAGACGGGCGAGUGGGUGUGGGAGAGCGACGAGGACGACGCCGAGGACGAGGGCUCGCCCGCCGACCGGCCGAUGAACACGCUGCCGCGCGCCGCGUCGUCGGACAGCGACGAGGAGCCGCGCGCCGCCUUCAGCAUCGGGCCGCCGCCGCAGCUGGAGCUGGUGCUGCGCAUGCGCAACGCGCGCGGCGAGCUGAACGACAUCCGCUUCGAGUUCGCGGCCGGCAAGGACUCGGCGGACGGCAUCGCGGCCGAGCUGGUGGGCGCGGGGCUGCUGGAGGCGCGCGACGCGGGCGCGGUGGCGGCGCAGCUGGCGCGGCUGGUGGGCGCGGCGCUGGCGGGCGAGGCCGCGCGCUCCGCCACGUUCCCGCUGGGCGCGCCCGCGCCGGCGCCCGACGAGGCCGGCCUGGUGGGCUUCGCGCAGCUCUCCAUCGUGGACUGAGCGCGCGACGCCGGUCUAUUCCACUUUGAUCACCUGGCUUUGAUGACCCAGGUGAUCGAAGUCCACUUCCAGCGACAAUUUAGUGUCCUUUGAUCACCCACGGAUACGAUGCCCUGGGUGAUCAAAGUGGACUCCAGUUAAUUAUUUUAGUGUCCUUUGAUGACCUACAUACAAAUCACACCUCUGAAAAUAGACACGUCAUGUCCAAUUAUUGUAAGUACAAAUAUUUUCUUAAUAUAGACAAUUUAGACAAAGUAACUCUGUUUGUCUGUCUCUAUUUCACGCCUAAACCACUGAACCGAUUUUGAUGAAAGGCAUAGAGAUAGUUUGAGUUCCAGGAAAGGAUAUGUCCUUUUAGUUUUUAUCCCGGUUUUUGAAACAGGAACGCGCGUGAUAAAGUUUUUCUGUGACAGACAAAAUUCCACGCGGACGAAGCCGCGGGCGGAAAGCUAGUUAAUAUAAGAGGAGGUGUGAUUUGUAUGUAGAUGAUCAAAGGACACUAAAAUAAUAAUUUAACUGGAGUCCACUUUGAUCACCCAGAACAUUGUAUCCGAGGGUGAUCAAAGGACACUAAAUUGUCGCUGGAAGUGGACUUUGAUCACCUGGGUCAUCAAAGCCAGGUGAUCAAAGUGGAAUAGACCUAUGAAAUGAGUAUAAUUAUUUUUAUGAUUUUAUCCGUUAUCCUAUUUUCCGCUCGGUGUGUUGUGUCGGGCCGCGCGUGGCGCUCGAGUGCCAUACUUGGGACGUUGACGGGACCGAGUUUACAGUGUUGAUUUUACAUAAACGUGUAUGUCGCUCCGCAGAAUGUUCUUUUUACAUUGUUACUUGUUUGUUGCUUACUGAAGUUUUUUUAAAAUAAUUUAAUAAAACAUUAAAUUUA